UCAGCACUAUUCAGCGCUUUGUUUGUAAACAAAUUUAGCCGGCUGAAGUGUAGUGGUUGUGAAUCAGAUCGAAAGCGCGCCACAGAGAAACAGCAUCGCAAAGAAUCUCCAGAAAAGCAUGGCCAACAAUUUAAAAGACCAAGCUGAACACCACAUCCAAGCGCAAAACAUAAUCGUUAUCCAUCCCGGGUCGCAUUACCUACGCAUUGGCCGUGCGUCCGAUGUGAACCCCGUGCGAAUCCUGCACGCGAUCGCCCGACGACGCAAACCGGGUGGAGCUGUCCACCGAGACGCUGUACUUCCACCGGUAGUGGAGAAAACGAAAGAAUUACUGCAGGAGCUGGAAGAUUGCCGACUGCAGAUAACUCACACACUACAAUCGUGCGUACAAUCGAACGGGCAGCGUCGGUAUGCCACACCACCGCAACAGAUAGCCGCGUUUAACCGGCGCUCGCAGCCGGAAGUGGUACCGGACAGUGAAACCGAGUGGCACGAUACGACCGGAAGUGACGUUGUGAUUGGUGAGGAUGUGCUGCUGUUGAAUCCGGCCGGCGACUAUAAUGUGCACUUCCCCGUUCGAAGGGGCGAGCUGAACCUGCACGCGGGUGUUGGUGGUUCACUGUUCGGGGUUAUGUCCGACCUGCAGACGAUAUGGGAGCACGUGCUUCACACACGGCUGCACAUCAAACCGAGCGAAAUGAGACAGUACCGGGCGGUGCUCGUUAUACCGGACAUUUACAACCGUGCGCACCUGCGAGAGUUCGUAACGCUGCUGCUGAAUCAGAUCGGGUUCGGGUGCUGCUUCUUGGUGCAGGAUCACGUAGCGGCCACAUUCGGUGCUGGGCUCGGGUACGCAUGUGUCGUCGACGUUGGCGAUGAGAAAACAUCCGUCUCGUGCGUGGAGGACGGCAUAUCGCAUCCAAACACUCGGGUACGCUUCGACUAUGGUGGUGCGGACGUAACGCAGGUGUUUUACUGGUUGCUACAGAAGUGUGCCUUCCCGUACCGAGAGUGUAGCGAACAAACGCCACUGGAUGGUAUACUGUUGCGCCGGCUCAAGGAAGACUUUGGGCACGUAAAUUUGGACGUGUGUGGUUCGGUAGAAAAAUCGUUCUCCGUGCAGCAUCCGGGUAUGGCGAAGCGAAACUACACGCUUCAAGUAGGCGAUGAAGCGAUGGUUGCUCCGCUAAGUAUCUUUUUCACCGAGCUGCUGGCGAUUACCGGUGCGAAUCGAACGGCGCCGAAAACACAAAAAGGAUGCUCAUCACAGCCACACCCGGAAGAUUGUUUUGAUGCAGAAUAUAUAAGAGAAACUGGACGACGCAAUAAGGACAACUUGGAACAAUCUGCGAUCGAUAGCGGGGCCCUACCAAACACGGAAGCACCCGAUGAAGAUCUCGUGGUGGAUGGAUUGGAGCAGGAGCGUGAGCGUGAGACCAAGUCGAACGAUCGAGAUUAUCUGCUGCCCGGUGGACAGUUGGUCGGGUUGGAUCAGGCCGUCAUCCAAAGCAUCGAGCGUUGUUCAACUGACGAGCUGAAACGGAAGAUGUACGGUUGCAUUCUAAUCGUUGGCGGUGGGAUCAAGUUUCCCGGCAUUGGCAGUUGGCUGCAGAACCAGGUGGCAAGCAAAAUCCCUCCCGUCUACCGGACGGAGCAGAGCAUCGUGUCGAGCCCGAAGGAUAUGGAUCCGGAAAUUACCAGCUGGAAGGGUGCUGCGGUAAUGUCGUGCCUGGAGAGUGUGGUCGAGCUGUGGUUGACGGAACCGGAAUGGACACGGUAUGGGUUGCGCAUUUUGCGUGAAAAGGCUGUCUUUAUGUGGUAGCUGGUCGGAGGGCAGUUUGUCGAAUAAAGUUCUGUCUUUUGGUUUUAUGAAUGAUGA